ACAACUAAGUCAAAAAAGCAUUACUAAAGACCACCAAGAUAAUUGCCGGUUAAGUGCUUAUAGCUUUCUUCUUCAACUCUUUAUAUCAACCCCUUCGCCUGCUCUCCUUCUUCUCUGUCCAUCUUCUUCUUCUUCUUCUCCUCAUCAUCAUCUCUCUUUCUCUCUCUCUCUCCAAAUGUCUCAAAUCUCCGUUACUUCUCCAAAACAUUGCGCCAAGAAAGGAGGGAUUAACAUCAACAACCGUCACAAGAAACUCUUUUUUACAUUCUCAACGUUCUUCAGCGGCCUCCUCCUCAUCAUCUUACUCGUUUGGCUCAUCCUACACCCCGAGAAACCCGAGUUCUCCCUCACGGAAGCCGAUAUAUACAGCCUCAAUCUCUCCUCUUCCUCCACUCAUCUCCUCAACUCUUCAAUCCAACUCACUCUCUUCUCCAAAAACCCUAACAAAAAAGCCGGGAUCUACUACGACAAGCUACUUGUUUACGCAGCCUAUAGAGGACAACAAAUCACCUCAGAGGCUUCUCUACCGCCUUUUUACCAAUCCCAUGAAGAAAUCAAUCUCUUGACAGCGUUUCUUCAAGGUACUGAGCUACCCGUUGCUCAGUCCUUUGGUUAUCAAAUCGGUCAUGAUCGCACAACUGGUAGAGUAAUCAUUGGUUUGAAGAUGGACGGGAAGCUACGGUGGAAGAUUGGUACAUGGGUCUCAGGCGCAUACCGGUUUAAUGUAAAUUGUCUAGCAAUUGUGGCUUUUGGACAGAACAUGACCACUCCUCCGUUAGCUUCACUACAAGGGACUCGUUGCUCAACAACUAUAUGAAAUAUAUAGAUUAUAAUCAACCAUAUAUAUACACUCUAGCUUCUUUGACUUAUGCGUAAAACUAUGUAUGUUGAUGGUGUUUUUUAUUUUAUUUGUGUGCUGGUAAUUAGUACUUUUUGUAAAGCUACGUUGAACUGUCUAUAUAGAAUAAUAUAGAUGUAAAAUAACAAAAACAGAGCAUAUCCUUGGUUAAAAAGCAGAGGAAGUUUGAAUUUUUCUAUAGUUUCACCUGAUUA